UCAAACAUGGCUAAUAAGGAGGAGAACUUGAAGGAGAGUCAGCGCAACAUAGACGUAAAGGAGGAGCCGAGGGAUCCUGGCUCACUGCUCCCACAAGAUGUAUUCUGUGACUCGUGCAUGGACACCCCCAGCAAGGCCCUCAAAUCCUGCCUGACCUGUUCUUACUGCGAGGCCCAUCUCAGACCCCAUCUGGAGAACGACAAAUUUCAAAACCAUCGCCUGGUGGAUCCUCUCCGCGACAUCGACUGUCGGACUUGUGAGCGUCAUCAACGUCCUCUCGAACGCUUCUGUCCGGCGGACGGCUGCUGUGUGUGUCUGGACUGUGAGGACCAGGAGCACGAAGGGCACGCAACUGCAUCUGUUGGGGACGCACGGACACGGAUUGAGACUGAGCUGCAGAAGCAACAAGAAGAGAUCAGUCAAAAGGCCUCAGCAGCUGAGAUUGCAAUUGGAAAGCUACAGAGUAAUAAUGACUUAAUUAAGUGCAGGAGGUUUUUUGUUAUUGUUGAACAGCAGUUUGCCACGCUGCAGACAACCGUGGAGGAGGCCAAAAUAGGGGUGGUGGAUGUGCUGCAGGGAGAGCAGAGGAAGGCCCUCAGACAGGCGGAGGGCAUCCAAGCACAUCUGGAGCAGAGGAAAACCGAGUUGAUGAAAACCGUGGCCCAAAGGAACAAGUCUGAUGUAGACUUCCUGCAGGAGUAUUCAGAGUGGAAGAAAGGCGUGGCAGAGUACAUCAACCGCAUGGACCACCUGACCUCUUACGUCCAGGUAGUGACUGAUUCUACCCAGGAGCUGUGCGACCUGAUCCUCUCCUCCUACGAGGACAAAGUGAAAUGUAUCUGUAACAGUGGUAUUAAAUCUCAGAUGCCAGAAUCUGAACCUUCUCCCCUGCCUGAUCCUGAGACCCGAGAGGACUUUUUGAAAUACACAAGGAGUUUGACCUUUGACCCAAACGCCACCCAUAAGUUCCUACGUGUAACGGAGGACAACAGAAAGCUGACCAACACCAGCCCCUGGCAGCACAGCUACCCAGACCACCCCAGUCGCUUCGAAUAUUGGCGUCAGGCAAUAACCUCAGACAGCCUGUACCUUGGGAGGCACUAUAUUGAAGCAGAGCUGAGUGGGGAGGGUGCAAAUGUAGGAGUCACGUACAAGAGCAUCGAUCGUAAAGGAGAGCAAAGCACCAGCUGCAUCACUGGGAACGACUUUUCCUGGUGCGUGGGAAGGAACAGCCGAGGUUUCUUUACCUGGCACGCUGGUGUAGAGACGCCGUUGGAUGUCCCUGAUAUUACAAGACUCGGCUUGUAUGUCGACUUUAACCGAGGCUCUGUGUCUUUUUAGAGGCUGCUCCACAAGUACACGGCUGAUUUCAUAGAGCCCUCAUACGUCACAUCUUGGCUGUCAAAAAAAGACAAUGUAGUUUCUCUCGUUAUUGAGAAAUUAUGUAACAAAUGA